AUCAUUCAUAACCAUAUGCGCCCGAACUUUGUAACCAGUAACACGAGAACUUUUUUUGGGGACAUACUGUUCGGGAUUUGGGACAUACAGUAUAUGCAACAUCAACUUCAGUCGUCUGGAUGGAACGAAGAGAUGAAUAUUAAGUCGGUGUUGUGAAGGACUUGUUCAGAUGGCCGGCCCCAUAGACUGACAGGCAGACAGACGGGACAGCAGAGAUGAUGGAAGGUGCUUGGGACGUCGCUUUCGUGCUUCUCCAUGUGUGGAUGUCCAUAGUAGCGGGUCUCAUCGUGUUACCUGCUAUGUUCGGUGUGUCCCUGGGCUUCACAGACAUCUACAUCAAGCUGCUGGUUAAGACACUUGAGUGGGCCACUCUCAGGAUCCAAAGAGGACAGAAAGAACAGCCAACACUGCCAUUACAGCUAGCUAACGGGAUCAUCGAGAAAGAUGACGGAUCUAUGGAAGAGGAAAUUGUAGAGCUGCGUCGCUCUCAUCCUAAAAAUCUGGCAGAGGGAAACUUUACGCUGUGUGACGCCUUCUAUUUCUGUAAGAAAGGCAUUGAGAACAUUGUGGAGGAUCAGGUGACUCAGCGCUUCUCUUCUGAGGAACUGGCCUCCUGGAAUCUCCUCACACGAACCAAUAACAACUUUCGAUACAUCAGCGUGCGCCUCACCAUCAUAUGGGGCCUGGGAGUUUUUGUACGUUACUGUGUCUUAUUGCCUCUCAGGAUCACUUUAGCAGUCAUUGGAUUGAGCUGGUUGGUGAUUGGAACUACUCUAGUUGGAUUUCUUCCAAACAGCAAAGAGAACCGUCCGAAAAAAGGAGGCAUCUGUGUUGCCAACCACACUUCCCCGAUUGACAUUGUCAUCUUGGCGAAUGAUGGAUGUUACGCUAUGGUAGGUCAAGUUCAUGGAGGCCUCAUGGGGGUCAUCCAGAGGUCAAUGGUGCGCUCCUGUCCCCAUGUAUGGUUUGAGAGGUCUGAGAUGAAAGAUCGCCAUGCCGUUGCCAAAAGGUUGAAAGACCAUAUUUCAGAUAAAACUAAGCUGCCAAUCUUGAUCUUCCCUGAGGGAACUUGCAUUAAUAAUACAUCAGUCAUGAUGUUCAAAAAGGGAAGCUUUGAAUUUGGUGGAACUAUAUACCCAGUAGCAAUCAAGUAUGACCCUCGCUUUGGAGAUGCCUUCUGGAACAGUGCCAAAUACAACAUGGUGAGCUACAUCCUCAGAAUGAUGACAAGCUGGGCCAUUGUGUGCAACGUGUGGUACCUGCCACCUAUGACUCAACAGGAUGGAGAGGAUGCUGUUCAUUUUGCUAACAGAGUGAAGUCAGCCAUAGCACAUCAAGGAGGACUGGUGGAUUUGUCCUGGGAUGGAGGACUGAAGAGGUCAAAGGUGAAAGAAUCAUUCAAGGAGGAGCAGCAGAAGAUGUACAGCAGUAUGAUUGUAGGUUUGGACUCUCACGAAGCCACUGUUGGACCCGCGUAAAUCGUAAAAACUAUUUAUAAACUUGAUCGGAAUGGGAGAAACACUUCUAGAUCAGCCACCGAACACCAUGACUGGCACAAUAUGAUGUUCUGCUUUUUGAUUCAGUGAUAUAUAUUUUUGUAAAACUGGAAAAUGUUUCCUAGUGAUUUGAACUUGUGUUCAUAAAUCCAAAAAAAUGUGAUGACACACAGUAGUUAGUAACUAGAACACAUUUGUCACUUUGUUCUUAAUCGUUUGGGUGCUAAUAUAUGUAGUUUCUCUCUCUAUAGAUUUGCAUGAGAAAUAUUCACUUAGUGCAUGUUCAUAUUGUAUUCCUGUUACAUGACUUCUUAAAGAUCUUCCAGAAUGUAAGCUACUGUGGCAAGUAGUACUAUGGGACGUAAACAACUUAUUUCAGUAUAUAAUUUAUGAGUCAACAUUGCAAGAAGUACUAGUAUCUAACGAAUAAGUACUAUUAUUUAUGUGGUAACAUUUUACAGUAAGGUUGUAUUGGUUAAUGUAAGUUAAUGCAUUUCUAACUUGAACAAAUAAUGAACAAUGCAUUUAUUACAGUAUUUGUUCAUGUUAGUUAUCUGAACAAAUUUAAAAUUCAAAUGCAAAAUUCAAAAUUAGUUAUCUUAACAAAUUCAGAAAUUUAGAUUUUGGCUUAUAAAAAUUACGAUUUGUUAAAUUACAAUUUUCCAUAAUUUAGAUGAACACAAUUCAAAUUCAGAUUGUUUUGGCAAAUUAUUAUUAGCUCCAUACACCAACUCGUACUGUACUGAACCGUACUGCUCAGUGGGAACAAGGCAUAAUAAAAUCAUCUAACCGAUAAGUACCAAGUAAGUGCCUAUUUAAUAGGCUCUAGUGUCUAAUAAAGGAUAAUUAAUAUCUAAUAAAUAAGCACUAGUAGCAUUCGAAUAAGUAUUGAGUAUUAAAAUACUAGUACACAGAACAAAUGUUUCCAGCUUGCCACAGAGCUGCACAGGCUUUUCUCAGGUCUGGUGGGCUGUUCCUGUGUGGACACUAGAGGUCACUGUUACCAAACUAAAGAAAACCCGCACCACACUGGCCAGCUCACUAUCAUCUUUCCUAAUAAAAUGCUGAAAUUAAAUAA